GCAACCACAAUUAACGAAAUUACCUCCCGACCAAGGUUACUAUAUGGUUUUGCGUUUUUUUUUCUUCCCCUCCAGAACGUCAAAACGCUCUGUUGUUUUAUAUGGCUGCAAAACAAUAUCAAAACAUUACGUGCCCAAAAUCACACACCAAUAAAAAAUAUCCAACAAAUCCAUCGUGCAGUGAACGCCGUGUGAAACGCAUAUUGCAAAUGCUGCCCCAGGCGGAAGUGGAAAUACGCCCCGAAAGCAGCAACCAUCCACCAAUUUCCGUCUAGAGAGAGAGAGAGCGAGGGGCCCGUGUAAGAUCCAGUCCGUCGCGACGACGGAUGUGCACCAAUGGCGGACAGUGACAACAGCGAUAACGAUGGGCUGAGCCUGUUCGAUAUCGUCUGGGAGGACGUGCUGUACGUGAAGCUGUUCCCGCUGCUCUCGCUGAAGGACCUGUUUAACCUGCGGUGCUGCUCGCACCUGGCCAAAACCUUCGUCGACAAUGGGCUGCGUCGGCUGCAGGAGAUCAACCUGUCCGGGAACAACUCGCCCCACCUCGACCUGGCCCUCACCGUGCUGGCGGACAACUGCCGGAACGUGCGGGUCGUUAAUCUGGCCCGCUGCAACUGGCUGCAGGACAGCGUGCUCUGCCCGCUGCUCAAGCACAACCGCCGGCUGACGAAGAUCAAUCUGAGCGAGUGUCUCAACAUCACGCCCCGCUCGAUGCAGCCGAUCAUCAUCGGGUGCAAGCAGCUGACCACGCUCAAGCUGUCCCACUGCCACUGGCUCACGAUCGGGGCGAUGGAGGCGCUGACGCUGCACCACACCAAACUGCAGGAGCUGGACGUGUCACACUGUGCCGCGCUGAACGAGCGCUGCAUCUCGGUGUUUCUGCUCAGCUGCCGCAUGCUGAAGACGCUCUCCCUGUCCAACGUGCCCGCGGUCACGGACAAUUUGCUGUUUGCGAUAGCGAAGCAUUCAAAAUUCAUCAAAAACCUUAACCUAGUCGGUUGUUACCUUAUUACGGAUCGGGGUGUUUUAGCGCUUGCCUUUUGCUGUAAGGAGCUGGAAUCGCUUAUGGUGCGCGAGUGUCCCCAUGUGACGGAGCGAAGCCUGGCGGUGCUGCGCGGGCGUGUAUUCAUCGACCGACCGCGCGUCUACCAGCAGGACAUGAACAUGGUGCCGAACAUGGGCUUCCCUCGGAUGUUUCUGCAGGUCUGAUUUGGUGGCCCAGCCACCGUUUCCCCCCGCUUCCCGCGCUUCUCCCCACUUAGGUCACCCGCCCUCCCCGCGGGAUUCGUUACGCAAGCCAUAACUGGGAUAAUAUUUUACGGAUAAUACAUGGAAAAAGGGUGUGAUAGUUAUCGUAAUAGUUAACAAACGUGACAUACAAUGGAGCACGGAGCGCUGUAAAUAAUAGUGCGUAGCGCGCGCACACCAACACACACAGACACAUAUAUAUACAGGAGACAUACCUAUAGGCUAUACUUACCAUGCUAUAUAUGUACCAUUUAUCUUGUUGUAUACAUACAGGGUCGUAAAUUUAAAUUAAAAGAAAAACUAAAUACACGUAAUUUAUUUGAUUUCGUCUUAUCGGCAAAAUCGACGACUUAAACAA